UCAAUCCUCACGUGUUUCCCGGAAGUGUAACAACCCAUCCCCGUUGUUCGAUGCUUGAAUCAUGACGGCUGUAAACCUCACAGAAUUGCCUCUCCCUCAGCUCGAGGGGCUGAAAAAUCAGCUAGAUCAGGAGACAGAGUUCCUGACCACCUCCAUCGGCCAGCUGAAAGUUGUCCAGACGAAGUAUGUGGAGGCUAAGGAGAGCCUGAAUGUACUUAACAAGUCCAACGAAGGGAAAGAAGUGCUGGUUCCUCUGUCAAGUUCUAUGUAUGUGCCAGGAACACUGAAUGACGUGAAUAAUGUAUUGGUAGACGUGGGAACUGGUUACUAUGUAGAAAAGAAUGUAGACGACACCAAGAAUUUCUUCAAGCGUAAAAUUGACUUCCUGACCAAACAGAUAGAGAAGAUUCAGCCAGCACUGCAGGAGAAGCACGCCCUGAAACAAGCCGUGGUGGAGGUCAUGAGCAUGAAAAUUCAGCAGUUACACAGUCAACAGUCAUCGUCAUCGGCAACCAGCAAAGCAUAGGACACGACCACCUCCCGCUUCGUACUUUAGUAAUGCAAGAGAGAUAACACGCCAAACAUGACAUGCACUCACAUGGGACACAGCUCAUCUCAUCUCCCACAUCCUUACUUAAGUCAUGCAAAAAAAAAGACAACACGCCAAACAUGAUAUGCACUCACACACUCACUCACUCAUCACCUCCCCUGCCAAGUAAGGCUCUCAACAGUGGUAAUGGACUCCAGCUUAAAAGUCAAUACUGUGCAGCCUUUUAAAACAUGAGCGUACACACACACACACACACUCACACACACACACACACACACACACACACACACACACACACAUAUAUAUAUAAAAAGAAGGCUCGACUCAAGACACAUGCUGAUACUUAACACACAUGUGUGACCUUUGUUGUAGCCCUACAAUAGAGUCCUGGUUGACCCUGGGCUGGAUACCUGUCUGUCUGUCGGCACGUCAUGUGUCUGUGUAAGCCAGAGACGACGCUUAGUCUUGUCCCGAGUCUCUCUCUCUUUCAUUCUCUCAUCACUGAGUUACUGUUUGCUCCAUUUCUUUGUAAAAAAAAAAAAAAAGACUAAUAAAGUGGUUUGAAUGUGA